UAAGCUGUUUGUCUUAUUCUCUUAUUUGCCUUAAUAUUUGAGCAUUUAAAUUAUACAGCGCACUUUUGAUAAUCUUUUUUAUCACAGCUUUUAUAACUAAACACUGUUCAGAUUGACUGUUUUAAGUCUGUAGAUUAACUGCAGGACCAACAACAUGAUUCCAGUCUUCAACUUCUUCCUCUUCCUCUCAAUGACAGCCGUUUCUCUGAGGGCUGCUGUCAUUAAAGAUCCAAAUGAUGAGUCUUUGGGUGCCGUAGAAAUUAUUAAAAAAGUCAACACUGGCUCAUACAGGUCUAUGGAUCCCCCAGAAGCCAUUGAAAAAGUCAAUGCUCACUCUUCAAAAAACCUGGUUCAUGGUGACAUUGUUCCUGCUACAACCAGGAAUGCCGAUCCGUGCACAGCCAUUGGCUGCAAGUGGCCUAAAACUGGACCCUAUGUCUACAUACCUGUCUCCAUAUCCUCUGUAUACUCCACCCAAGAACGCAACAUCAUCAUCAAUGCCUUGGUGACCUUCCAUGAGUCCACCUGUAUUCGCUUCAUCUGGAGGACAAACCAAGUCAAUUCCAUCAACUUCUUCUCUGGAGAUGGGUGUUAUUCAUAUGUGGGCCGUCAGAGCCAAGCGCAGCUAAUCUCCCUACAAAGAAAUGGUUGCUUGUACCAGGCGACAGUGCAGCACGAGGUUCUUCAUGCUCUGGGCUUCCACCACGAGCAGGUCCGCUCUGACAGAGACCAGUAUGUGAGGAUCCUCACCCAGAACAUCUUGCCAGGGCAAGAACACAACUUUGUGAAAGUGCAGACCAACAAUCUGCAGACUCGCUAUGACUUCAACUCUGUCAUGCACUAUCCCAGAACUGCGUUCUCCCGUAAUGGGCAGCCAACAAUUGUUGCCAAGUCCAAUCCUAAUCUGGAUUUCGGACGUGCUACUCAGAUGAGUGCCAACGACAUUGCCCGUAUAAACAGGCUUUAUGGAUGCUAACUCUGGCAAGAAACUUCAACUCUGCAACCAGAUACUUCAACUCUCAAUACAUCAAGUUUAAGGCAAAUGCAGCAAAAUGUGAAAGAAACAGAAAACCUGCUGCAAAUAUUGGCAUUUGUCACAUAUAGAGAAAUGAGUUUCUGGGUCUUUGUUUCAGAGAGGCUAGACUGCAGGGCCAUAUGCUAGAGGGUGAUGGUUUUACAUCUCUUUCUGUUGAUGUUUCUCUUUCUUUAAUCAAUUAUAACUAACUGAUUUCUUUAUCUAUGUAAUUGGAUGAUAAUUAAGUUUUGAAUUGUAAAUGUUGAUAGACAGAGCACCAACCCCCGCCAACACCACCCUCUUCCAUUUGUGAUUGCUGUUUUACUCUGUGCAUGACCAGCAGUUUCUUCUGUAUUAAAAAAAUAUGUGCACAUAAAGACAACUUUCAGUGAUAGAAUAAGAAUUUGAAUCUUUUUUUCUGAAGUAAAAUUUGCAGUAUAGGGUAGCAAACAGUCCUGAGGCAUAUUAACACUUCAGAGAUUAAUCUGUUGAAAUCAAGUAGAACUAAGUCAAACUAAUAAUAAAAUAAAUUGGUAUUGGGGGGGUCCAGUUUUCAUGAGUUUUUUUUUCCUGGUUUCUGAA